GACGGAACCGAGGAAAGCCCCUGGACCAUCUGAUUUCAGCGCUUGGAGAGGCGGUGGUCAGGACAACACGAGAGACCGUCGCCACUUGCACGCUUGGCUUGUGGUUUGUGGAACACGUGAAGGUGUCCUGGUCGGCGGGGUGCGUCAAGCACUGGGAGCUAACGUCACGAACUCGCCUCAUUCAAGCAGCAUGAAUGCCAUCCCCGACAUGGCAAAGUCGAUCCUGCGGACAUCAGCGGCCAACCCGGCGAUGCGGACUCUGGGAGCAGCAUCAGCAGUAGGGGCUGGCGCCCAUUAUGGCAGCUCCUCCCUCGCUGAAUCGAGCGAAGCGACCUGGGCGCAUCCCUUGCUCACAUUUCUGCUGCAAAUCGCUGCUUUUCUCAGUCGCACAUUUCAGUCACUCCCAGGCUCUGCUAUCCUAAUGCGCUACAUCCGCUCGUCCUACCAGAAUGACCCGGUGCGCUCGCUGCUCGAGCUCCUCCUGCUCGCCUUCGCGGUGCGCACCGUGCUGCAAAGUCGCACACGCUCCAACGUCAGCGGGAGCAACUUUGUCAAGCUGACUGAGGAAGAGAUCGAGGACCUUGUUGCGGACUUUACGCCGGAGCCGCUCUGUGCACCACUCAGCGAGGCAGAGAAGGCAGAGCUCGCAUCCGUCCCACUCAUUGCCGGCGCCAACUCGGCCCGGCCGAGGGUUGCGCUGCCUUUGAGCAUGGGCGGAUCUGCAGAAGUCGGAGGAAAGACACUGCAGGUGCUCAAUCUCGCCAGUUACAAUUUCACAGAUCUUGCAGGGCAGGACAUCGUCAAGCAGCGGGCGAUUGAGACGUUGCGCGAGUAUGGAGUCGGAAGCUGCAGUCCCCCAGGCUUCUACGGAACGAUUGAUGUGCACAUGAAGCUGGAAGCCGACCUGGCGCGGUUCCUCGGCACCGAACGCGCCAUCAUCUAUGCGCAAGGCUUCAGCACGGUUUCCUCGGUGAUUCCGGCGUUCUGCAAGCGCGGAGAUAUUAUCGUCGCAGACCGCGGCGUGAACUACGGCAUCCAAAAGGGCAUCCAGAUUUCGCGCUGCAACGUGCGGUGGUACGACCACAACUCGAUGUCAUCCUUAGAAAAGGUGCUGCAGGGCAUCACGCGCGAGGACAAGCGGCGCAAGGGCCCGCUAACACGGCGCUUCAUCAUUACCGAGGGCAUCUUCGAACACGAUGGCCAGAUGACGGAUCUGAUCAAAGUUAUGGAGCUGAAGCGCAGACACAAGUUUCGCCUCAUCCUCGACGAGUCGCUUAGCUUUGGCACAGUCGGAAAAAUGGGCCGUGGCAUGACGGAGCUGUGCGGUACGCCAGCGUCCGAAGUGGACAUUCUCGUCGGCUCCAUGGCCAGCACGCUCGGAUCGUCUGGCGGCUUUGUCGCCGGCUCGGAAGUCGUCGAGUUUCACCAACGCAUCAACUCGGCCGCCUUUGUCUUCUCCGCCGCGCUGCCUGCGCUGCUGGCCGUCGCAUCUACAACCGCGAUCGAGUGCUUGCAGUCAAAUUCUGGUGUGAUGGACGUGUUGCAGGCGAACAUCAAGGCGCUCCGCAGCGUACUCGACACUGUCGAAUGCAUUUCCAUCCCUUCGCACAGCCCAUCGCCCAUCAUUCACAUCCAGGUGCGCAGCAUAAAUGACCCGCACCCGCAGACACCGGCGGACAAGCUGCCGCCUUCACAUAUAGCCCGUGUGAACGACGAGAAGGGCGGUGGAGCAGCAGGCUUGCUCGCGCCUCCCGUGGCCGCUGGCGUAGCAGCACUGGCGCGACAGGCCGCUAGUACGCACGACCUUCCGAAAGAGGAGCAAACGCGGCUCCUGCAGGCCAUCGUAGACGACGCACUGCUCAAUGGCGUCUUGCUCGUACGACAAAAACGUUUGCCGAGCAUACAACCCAAGAUCCUCGAGAUCGGCCCCGAUGCGAGGCCGUCCAUCCGCAUCGCCGUCAGCACUGCUUUCACGAAGAAAGAAAUCGAGAAGGCCGCGAAUGUUAUCAGAGCCAGUUGCAUCAAGGUGCUAGGGAAAAGAUGAUGAAGAGCGCGUGGCAUGUGUGCAAGUUGGACAGAACCUGAGGGUAGCAUUUGCUUAGAUAGGUAGAAAAGCAGAAGGCACAAUGAUCAGAUGAACUGCUGUUAUGUACUCUACAGGAUCGCACUGGUGUGUCUUCUGCAUGUCACCUCCAUCCAGUUAUGGCGGCGGGGGUCUUUAGAAUUACUCAAGUCGGCCGAGUCAUAGCCCGCAAGUCACAAGAUCAAUAACAGAACAU